GAAGACACCGGAAUAACCAUGCCUGAGCCUACUGAUGCAAAGCACGAGAAGACCGAGCUCACCGGGCUCUUCUUGGAGAAGCCACCAGAGAGCACAGUUGCUGUCGCAGGAAGUGAUGUCACCUUCACGGCCAGAGUGGACUCGACCACCCUGCCCAGAAAACCCGUCAUGAAGUGGCUGAAGGGCAAGUGGCUUGACCUGGGCAGCAAGGCGGGGAAACACCUGCAGUUCAAGGAAACCUACGACAGAAACACAAAGAUCUACACCUAUGAGAUGAAGAUCAUCAAGCUGGUCCCGGGUGACGCUGGGGGCUACAGGUGUGAGGUGACGUCCAAAGACAAGUGUGACAGCAGCACUUUCGAGAUCUCGGUGGAAGCUGCACAUCAGGAGGAGCAAGCCGAUAUUUUGUCGGCCUUUAAGAGAGCGGAUGCUGGAGAAGAUGAGGGCGAUCUGGAUUUCAGUGCCCUGCUAAAAGCUACCAAGAGGAAGAAGAAACACGUGGAAGAGAAACCCCAGAUCGAUGUGUGGGAGCUGCUUAAAAGCGCCCAUCCCAGCGAGUAUGAGAAGAUCGCCUUCGAGUAUGGCAUCACCGACCUGAGGGGCAUGUUGAAACGUCUGAAGAAGAUGAAAACUGUGGAGCCCAAGCACAGCGAGGCCUUCCUGAAGAGACUCGACUCCUGCUAUUCUGUGGAAAAGGGCAAGAAGAUUGUGUUGACCUGCGAGGUGGUUGACCCCAAUGUCCAGGUCAAAUGGCUCAAGAACGGACAGGAAAUCAAACCCUCGGCCAAGUAUGUCAUGGAGGCCAAUGGCAAUAUCAGAACACUUACCAUCAACAAGUCAACGCUGGCUGACGACGCGGCCUAUGAGUGUGUGAUUGGCGAGGAGAAGAGUUUUACAGAGGUGUUUGUCAAAGAGCCCCCCGUGACAAUCACCAAGCUGAUGGACGACUACCAUGUGGUUGUUGGUGAGAGGGUGGAGUUUGAAAUCGAGGUAUCGGAGGAGGGCGCCCACGUCAUGUGGUUCUUCGAGGACAUAGAGCUUCACAGAGACACGGACGCGGUGAAGUACCGCUUCAAGAAAGACGGCAAGAAACACACGCUUAUCAUCCAGGAGGCGUCCCUAGCUGACAUUGGGAUGUACCACGCCUGGACCAACGGGGGGCACACCAAAGGAGAGCUGGAAGUAGAAGAAAAGGAACUGGAGGUGUUGCAGGACAUUGCUGAUCUCACGGUCAAGGCGGCAGAGCAGGCUAUGUUUAAAUGUGAGGUGUCCGAUGAGAAGGUGACGGGGAAAUGGUACAAAGACGGUGUGGAGGUGCUGCCAAGUGACCGUGUCAGAAUGAGUCACAUUGGAAGGAUGCACCGGCUGAUCAUUGAGGACGUGAAGCCAGAGGAUGCAGGCGACUACACCUUCAUUCCCGACGGUUACGCCUUGUCGCUCUCCGCCAAACUCAACUUCCUGGAGAUCAAAAUUGACUACGUACCCAGACAAGAUCCUCCCAAGAUCCACCUCGACACCACAGGCAACAGGGUCUCUCAGAACACCAUUAUUGUGGUGGCGGGCAACAAGCUUCGUCUGGAUGUGGAGAUCACAGGGGAACCAGCACCCACUGUGGUCUGGUCCAAAGGAGAUAAGGAAAUCAAAGAGUCCGAGGGCCGCGUCAGGGUGGAGACAAGAAAGGACCUGAGCUGUUUCAUCAUAGAGGGGGCGGAGCGAGAGGACGAGGGCAACUACACCAUCUGUGUCACCAACCCCGCUGGCGAGGACAAGGCCGUGUUGUUUGUCAAGAUUGUGGAUGUCCCUGAUCCCCCUGAGUCCGUCAAAUGCACUACGGUGGGAGAGGAUUGUGCCACUAUUGUCUGGGAGCCACCUAAAUUCGAUGGCGGUGCACCAGUUAAAGGCUAUCUGAUGGAGAGGAAGAAGAAAGGUUCAUCCAGAUGGACAAGGCUUAACUUCGAUGUUUACGAGACUACCACAUACGAAGCGAAGAGGAUGAUUGAGGGCGUUUUGUAUGAGAUGAGGGUGUUUGCCGUGAACAGCAUCGGCAUUUCUCAGCCCAGCCUCAACUCCAAACCCUUCAUGCCCAUCGCCCCAACCAGUGAACCUAUGCGCUUGACGGUGCACGAUACGACUGACACCACGUGCACGCUGAAGUGGCUCACCCCAGAGAAGAUAGGAGCUGGAGGUUUGGAUGGAUACAUCAUUGAAUACUGCAAGGAAGGAGAGACAGAGUGGGUGGUGGCCAACAAGGAUCUGUGUGAGAGGCAUAGCUACAUAGUGCGCAACCUGCCCACGGGGGAAAAGCUCAACUUCAGGGUCGUGGCCAAGAACAUCGCCGGACGAAGCCCCCCAGCUACACUGGGGCAGUCCGUCACUAUCCGUGAGAUCAUGGAGCUGCCUAAGAUCCGCCUGCCUCGUGAUCUGAGAACCAAAUACAUCAGGAAAGUGGGAGACAAGAUCAACCUGGUCAUCCCCUUCCAGGGGAAGCCGCGCCCCAUCGCCACAUGGUACAAAGACGGACAGCCCGUCGACCCCAAGAUUGUCGGGAUCCGCAACUCCAAUGUGGACUCCAUCCUCUUCAUCCGUUCUGCUGAGAGAGCACACUCCGGCACCUACGAGCUGGUCGUGCAGAUUGAGAACAUGGAGGACAGGGCCAGCAUCCACAUCCAGGUCAUCGAGAGACCCGGGCCUCCUCUGAAGGUGAGGGUGACGGACGUCUGGGGUUUCAACGCUGCGUUGGAGUGGGACCCUCCCAAAGAUGACGGCAACUGUGAGAUCACCGGCUACACCAUCCAGAAGGCGGACAACAGGACAAAGGAGUGGUUCACCGUCUACGAGCACAACAGGCGGGCACACUGCACGGCCUCGGACCUGAUCAUGGGGAAUGAGUACAUGUUCCGUGUCUACAGCGAGAACCUGUGUGGCAUGAGUGACGAGCCCUGCCUCAGCAAGAACACCGCUAUCAUCGUCAAGACAGGUCUGGAUUAUAAGCCCCCCCAAUACAAAGAGAAGGACAUGACCUGUGUGCCCAAGUUCACACAGCCCCUGAUAGACAGGUCAGCCGUGGCCGGGUACAGCACGGCCAUCAGCUGCUCUGUGAAAGGAUUCCCCAAGCCAAAGAUCACCUGGAUGAAGAACAAGAUGAUCAUCGGGGAGGACCCCAAGUACUUGAUGCAGAACAACCAGGGGGUGCUGACCCUCAACAUCCGCAAGCCGAGCACCUUCGACGGCGGCAAAUACUCCUGCCUGGCCGUCAACGAGCUGGGCCAGGACGAGGUGGAAUGCAAACUUGAAGUCCGACCCCCCACAGCCCCCAAAGACGACAAGAAAUAAGCAGCCAGACAGCAGAACCACACAAACACAGUGAACUGCAUGCAGCGUGUGUGCCUUUUCAAAUGCCCAAUAAAACGUACUUCGAGUUGAA